UAUCUACUUCAUUACACAAUCAAACCGUAAAGCACUCACACAGUCAACACACUUGAAAGAGAAACAAGAAAAGUGUCUCUCUCUCUCUCUCUCUCUCUUUCUGAGUAUUUUCUCAUGACUCGUCCUUUCUUCAGGCUCUUAGGCGGCGUGAACUCAACCACCACUGAGUCACCGGAAGCUGCCGCCACCGUCGACUCUGACUAUGUUGUAAUUCUUGCUGCUCUCCUCUGCGCCUUGAUAUGUGUUCUCGGUCUCAUAGCCGUCGCUCGCUGCGCCUGGCUCCGCAGACUCUCCGGCGGAGCCAACAACUCCGCUACCACCGCCUCCACAACCGCCCGAACUUCUCCUGCCAACAAAGGCCUCAAAAAGAAGAUCCUCCGCUCGCUUCCGAAGCUCGCUUUCACCGCGGAAACCUCCUCGAAGUUCUCCGAUUGUGCGAUUUGCUUGACAGAGUUCGCUUUCGGAGACGAAAUUAGGAUCCUACCUCAGUGCGGUCACGGUUUCCAUGUAGCGUGUAUAGACACGUGGCUCGGGUCCCACUCGUCGUGUCCGUCGUGCCGUCAGAUAUUAGUGGUGGCCAGAUGUCAAAAGUGUGGAGGAUUGCCGCCGGCGAGCUCUUCUAGCUCCGGUGCAGCGGCAACAGCUGAAACCAGUGAAUCAAGAUUGAAGGAAGGAGAAGACGAUGUGAAUAGGUUCUUGCCCUAGCUGUCUUUGCAGUUAUUAUAUAAGCUUGUUUACUUCAAAUUACUAUUCGUUUAGGUUUAUGAAAUUAUUACUGCUUAAUUGCCAGCAUUUAGAUUUAAACAGGGUGUAUUUACUACAUAAUCAAAAUUCCUAUGUAAUUUUCCAUGUUAAUAUAAAUUGUAUCUACUCUUGAUCUUGAAGAAAAACCUUGCUAAUUAGAGUGCUAUGAAGAAGAAAGCAAAUUGUAUC